CAAUUGAUAUCUGAUAUGGAUGAAUGCGCUCAAGAAAUGUUUCUUAAAUAACAAACAAAUUUAACUUCCAUUUAAUUUGUGCAGGUUCUGACGCUGGACGGCAGCCAGGUGGCCACGAAAACUUACGUUGAUGGACGGAGUGGUGUGGUGGUGAUGCCUGGGCUGGCGUCUCAGGCCUCCGACCCUCCGAUGCAAGGCGUGCACAAGAGGGUCAGCUCUUCUUCUUCAGCUCGUCCCCCGAGAUCUGACAUUCCAUUCUUCACUUCAGCAUCUGCAAACACUCUUCCAUUGAGUAUGCUGACAUCCUCUUCUUCCAGCGCAAGUAACUCUCAAAUGAUUUCGACAAAUUGCAAUAGACACAGCCAGCACGUCAUUCAACUUUCGAAGAGAGUGGAUGCAGCAAGCUCAUUCAAGCCCCAAAAAGUUGUACCCAUAAACUAUUCUUUCAUGAAAAUGGGCACGAAAACCCGGCCCACUUCCAACGAGCUUAAAGGUAGACGCUCUCGUCGUUAUACUUUAGAGUCAACCUCCUCUAACAAUAGUGAGAUCAGCAGGACAUUUCAACUUUUAGAUGAAGGGCAAGAGAAAAUCCAGUUAAGUGAACGAUAUAAGAAUAUAACCUUGGUGUUGGGUAAUACUGGGGCCGGCAAGAGUACAUUUCUUCAGUGGUUUGCUGGAGACUAUAACAAGUUGAUAGCAAAAAAAGAAUAUGGGACAAGUGGAGCGUUUAUUAUUGUGGAUGGAAAUAGAAUAGGCAAUUCUACUCUUAAUUCGAUGACAAUUUUCCCAGAGUUAGUAAUUCACCCUGAAACAGAUAAUGCGUACUAUGAUUGCCCUGGGUUUAGUGAUACGAGGAGUACCAGUAUGGAAAUAGCAACAACCUACUUCAUUAAAAAAGUGGCAGAUUAUGCUGAACAUGUUAAAUUGAUUUUUGUUGUUAAUCAUUCAUCGGUAAGAAGUGGAGUAGAUAGACAAGAUUUCUUGAAAUUACUUAAUCAUGUUACAGAUUUUAUAACAGACAUUGAUAAAUAUCGGCGAAGUAUUGCCCUUAUGGUGACAAAAAUUGAUCCUAAUUAUGGAAAAGUAAACGGGAUCCUUACUUCAGAAUCAGAUGAUCUCGUUAUAAGAGCCAUUGGCCAUUUUCUAGAUGAGGUUAAGAAGUGGUUAAAGGAGCAAUUAGCCGAUGCAUGGGUUCCUGGUAAGGAAAAACCAUUUUAUGAGCAAGCAAUGAAGUUCGUGGACACUCUUUUAAUCAUGGACGGUGAUCAUUAUUCGAGGAUUGGCAUGUUUAGAAGGCCAAAUAUGUUAGGACAUCUAAGUAAUAUAAGGUAUCUAGAAGAGGGAAAGGAGCAAGUAGGGAGGAUAGUGAAUGAAAAUCUUGCGUUCACAGAAACCAGUGAUGGUGAUUUCGGGUAUACCAUAUCUGAUACGUCCAAGGUGGCUGUAGGCGCUCUGGCAGAAGUAAUCAAUGACAAGGUAUGGUCUAAUCUACGCAUAAUCUCAGAAAACAUGCUGAUAUAUUCGAAAAAUUUAUUAGAAGAGAUUCGUAGAAAGAUACGCUCUUUUACUAGCAGUACUAGGGCUGUUGAUGCAAAUCCAUCUGAUGCUCGGACGUUUAAUGAUUUUUUCAAUUCCGGAUAUAACGGUAUGACUAAUCUAAUGCGAGAACCUGCUAAUAUAACAACAGACCAGUUGGCGGAAAAGAUCAACAAGAGCCUCACUAUCUUAGGUAUAGGUGGCUGUGAUGAGGCUUUGUUAAGUAUUGAGCAGCAGGGUAAGUAUUUUGCAUUCCUGCAGGUUGUGGGGGACGGC